AUGACUCUUUCAAAAAGUAUAUAUUUAUUCACACAAAUAUACAGGCACGCUCAUAAAUAUAAGAAUGAACACACAUCUAUCUAUCUAUCUAUCUAUCUAUCUAUCUAUAUAUGUGUUAUAGUCUCUUCUUAUCUAUCUAUCUAUCUAUCUAUCUAUCUAUCUAUCACAAUCUUCUUUUCUUAUCUAUCUAUCUAUCUAUCUAUCUAUCUAUCUAUCUAUCUAUCUGUCUGUCUGUCUUCCCAUCUAUUUGCUACAGUCUAUUCAUAUCUAUCUAUCUAUCUAUCUAUCUAUCUAUCUAUCUAUCUAUUUGUUACAGUCAAUUCAUAUCUAUCUAUCACAGUCUGUUUUUAUCUAUCUGGCUAUCUGUUACAAUCUAUUUUUAAUCUAUCUAUCUAUCUAUCUAUCUAUCUAUCUAUCUAUCUAUCUAUCUAUCUAUUACAGUGUGUUCAUAUCUAUCACAAAAUUUUCUUAUCAAUCAAGCAAUCAAUCUAUCUAUCUAUCUAUCUAUCUAUUUAUUACAGUCUAUCAAUUUGUUACAGUCUAUUCAUAUCUAUCUAUCUAUCUAUCUAUCUAUCUAUCUAUCUAUCUAUCUAUUACAGUCUGUUCCUAUCUAUCUAUCUAUUUAAUUCUGUUGAUAUCUAG